AUGAUAUACUAUAUUCUAGCAUUUUUUAUAUUCAUAAGUUUAUCAAUUUAUGCCACUGUUAUAUUUUUCAGUCAUAAACCUCGAAAACCGUUCCCAUCAGAAUUGACUUAUAAAACCAAUGAUUCCACUGAUAAAACACACCCAUUACCACCGAGAAUAAAUACCAAUAGUAGUUUCCAAGAUGAUGGAAUUGAUAUAAGUUUAGUGAUCCCCUGUUACAAUGAAACUGAAAGAUUAGGGAAAAUGUUAGAUGAAGCUAUUGACUAUCUUGAAACAAAUCAUAGAUCAAAAUAUGAAAUUAUUGUUGUUGAUGAUGGAUCAUCUGAUGGAACUGAUAAAUAUGCUUUAGAAAAGGCUAAUGAAUUUAAGUUAUUGCCUCAUAUAAUGAGAGUAGUUCAAUUGAAACAAAAUAGAGGUAAAGGUGGAGCUGUCACUCAUGGAUCAUUACAUUCUCGUGGGAAAUAUGUAUUAUUUGCUGAUGCUGAUGGUGCUACUCUGUUCCCUGAUGCUGCCAAAUUAAUUGAUUAUCUUGCCAAUACUAAUGGUCGUGCAUCAAUUGCCAUUGGUUCAAGAGCACAUAUGGUUAAUACUGAUGCUGUUGUUAAACGAUCAUUUAUUAGGAAUUUCUUAAUGUAUGGUCUUCAUGCAUUAGUAUUUGUAUUUGGUAUUAGAGACAUUAGAGACACUCAAUGUGGAUUUAAAAUGUUUAAUUUUGAGGCAGUUAAAAAUAUAUUCCCUCAUAUGCAUACUGAAAGAUGGAUUUUCGAUGUUGAAGUGUUAUUAUUAGGUGAAAUUCAAAAAUUUAAUAUGAAAGAAUUACCAGUUAAUUGGCAAGAAAUUGAUGGAUCAAAAGUUGAUUUGGCUAGAGAUUCAAUCGCCAUGGCAAUUGAUUUGGUGGUUACUCGAUUGGCAUAUCUUUUAGGAGUAUAUAAAUUGGAUGAAUGUGGUCGAAGCAACAAGAAGGAACAAUAA